CUUUGUAACCAUGCCACCGCGGGCGCUCGGCGGCGUCGCGCUGGCAGCUGUGGCCUUGGUGCUGCUCGCCGUCCUGCAGCGCCACGAGGCCACCGAUGGCCUGCUCACGAUUACGCAGACGGGCGCUUGCAUCUCGGUGCUGAGCACGCUCGGUAUCAUUGGCAGCUACCGCUACUCGAGCGACGGCCGGUUCCGGCGCCACCCCAACUCGCUCUUGUACUGGAAGGCCAUGACGGACUUGGCCUACUCGCUGCCAUAUCUGCUUGGCUACGUGGCCAACGAGACCGCGCUGGUGUGGAUCGUGCUGCCGCACAGCUUGGCGUACAGCUCCGAGUGCUGGUUCUUCCUCAUGGCCUACGACUUGUACAAAAGUGGCACCAACCCGUUCACAAACACGGCGACGCGCCUGCGCUGGUACCAUGCGCUUGCAUGGGGCGUCGGCCUCGUUGCCGCGAUCGCGCAGUGGUAUGUCAUUCCUGCCUACGCGCUCCAAGCCGUCGAGGACGACGACAAGUCGGCGAUCCGCGUUGUCUACUACCUCUUUGUCAUUCUCUGCGUCGCGUCAGCGGCUGUGUUUAUCGUGCUCGAGAAGCUCUCGCAGCCGCUCGGCGGCAUCACAGAGGCGCUCAAGACGCGGAAAGCGAUGCUGAUCGCCGCGCGCACGUACACGACGGCCUACGUCAUCUACCAGCUGCUCUUGAUCGUGCUCUGGGUGCUGCUUGCCUUCGCAUGGCCGAAAGGUACAGUCGAGUGUGCGCGGGCGCGGUUCCUCGCCAAGCUCCUCACGGGCGCGCGCGGCUUUAUGGACCUCGUGCUGUGGUUCUCGAUCAACCGUCGGCGGCCAGCGUCGCGCCGGUCGGCCUCGUCGAGCUCGAGCGACCUCGACGUCGAGCUCCAUCCCGAGCUCAAUGUCGCUUUGCGAAAAGAGGUGCUGCACUUUACCACGCGUGGCAUUGUGGCUGCGUCGCUCCACUCGCACCAGAUUCUGGAUGCCGAUCAUCAGUACCGCGUGCUCAUCAACUUGCACGAGCUGGGCAUGCACAUCCAGUUCUACGACUACAAGCCGCGCGCGUUCCGGGACAUUCGGUCGGGCUUUGGCGUGCGCGAGUCGGCAUACCGCGCGUCGUUCUUGGCCACGUGCCACGAGCGCAUUGCGUCUGGCGGGUCGUCCGGCGCCUUUAUGUUUUACACGGCCGACUACGUCUUCAUCGUCAAGACCAUCACCAAGGACGAGCGCCGCGUGCUGUUGGCCAUGCUGCCGGCGUACAUCCGGUACAUGAAGGCGCAUCCGGGCAGCCACCUCACGCGGUACUAUGGCUGCCACGCAAUACAGAUGUACGGGCAAAAGUUUCAUUUCCUUGUCAUGGGCAACGCCAUGGGCAAGGUGAGCAUGCACCAGUUCUUUGACCUCAAGGGGUCGUGGAUCAACCGCAAUGCCAAGCCGACUCCGCCCGGGCAAACUCGGAUCUGUACCUACUGCAACGAACCCUUCAAGGUCGGGUCGAGCCAACCGUGCGAGUUUAGUAUCCACGGCGUGCACUUGCCGCACCAAGUGCUUCGAGACAAUGAUUUCCAGCGGAAAAUGCGCCUCCCGGCCGAGACAGUCGCGACCAUCCUCGCGCAGCUCAAGAAGGACAGCGAUUUCCUCGCCGACCAAGGCAUUAUGGACUAUAGUCUCUUGCUCAGCAUUCACUGCGCGCGCUUCAACGUCGACCCCCACACCAUUCGGUUGACGCCCAAGACACCGCAGCACCACUUUGCAUCGGUGACGCGGCACGCGCCGACGUGCUACUUGACGCCGAGUCAGCUGGGCCCGAUCAUGUCGCCCAUUACACUCGAGAGCACGCUGGACGAUGAAGAGUCGAACGUGCUCCAGAGCCGCGGCUGCCGCUUCUCUGUUUACGUUGGCGACGACGACGACGUCGAGACACCACUGUUUCGCAAGUCGUCGGUCGAGUUUGGGACGUUUGAGACUCUCGGCAUCGACGACGUCGACGAGAAUGAGGAAGGCAGCGUGUCCCGGUCCCACACCUACCACGAUCUGCCGUGGGCGGGGCAGCGCACGUUCGAUAUGAGCGGCUACAAGGCGUGUGCAGUCGUCGGCCCUGAUUACUAUACAUUUGGCAUCAUCGACAUGCUCCAGACGUGGACGUGGCAGAAGCGCGUCGAGCGCUGGUGGAAGGUCCACGUCCUGCAGCGUGACGGCAACGGGAUUUCGGCCGCGCCGCCACCGUACUACGCGACGCGGUUCCAGUCCAAGAUGGAGUCGAUCAUGACCGUUGGUCACCACGCGGUUGGCGUGCUCUAA